AUAUAAACAUUCAGCAAGCAACAAUACCAACAGGAACUUCUAUUGAGGCUCGAAUAGGUCACACGGCAACCUUAACACCAGAUAAUGAUAAAAUCAUUAUCAUAGGUGGAACCUCAAGCCAUGUAAUAGAUGCAACUACUGCAUAUCCAGUUUUUAUAAUGUUAGAUAUUAGAACCGAAUCUUAUGAAUAUUCAGAAUUAAAAGAUUCUGGAAUUCGACCGCGGUCUCCAUUAGCAUAUCAUACUGUAAAUUUAUAUCAGAACCUUAUUAUUGUUGCCUUCGGUAAUAUUACUAAUGAUAAAUCCGAGUCCGUUGAAACUAGUUCUUCCAUUUAUUUAUUGUGCCUACCGCGCUUAGAAUGGGUAACCACUUUUACACCCAACUACACGUGUCCAAUAAUACCAAUUCCUUUGAUUAUUGGUCUGACCAUUGCUUUUUAUGUGGUGUUUAUUGCAACUACAGUAGCAAUUAUAAAAAUUAAUCGUCAACCACUGCGGGAUAAUAGGUUGACUAUUAUUGCUAAUAGCUCUAUAGCGUCGAUCGCAGCUAUAAUAAUAGACACAAUAAUUAUCGUUAUAUAUCCACCUCAAUCGAUUAUUAUUGCGAUUGUUAGUAUCACUAUUGCUUGUUUUAUCGCAGUUAUUAUAGCAGAAAUAAUAUUUUUACGUCGAAAAAAGUGA